GCUUUCGACCUGUCAGCUGGCCGUGGACUGCGGCGCCAGCGCGGCCGCUCUCCGAAGGUUGGGGCCCUGCUGGCGACUCCCGCGACGCUUCCUGAUGCUCCCAGGUCUCCGGGCCAGGGCCAUGUUCCGGACCGCCGUGAUGAUGGCCGCCAGCCUAGCGCUGACUGGGGCCGUGGUGGCUCAUGCCUACUACCUCAAGCACCAGUUCUACCCCACUGUAGUCUACCUGACCAAGUCCAGCCCCAGCAUGGCGGUCCUGUACAUCCAGGCCUUCGUCCUUGUCUUCCUCUUGGGCAAGGUGAUGGGCAAGGUGUUCUUUGGGCAGCUGAGGGCAGCGGAGAUGGAGCACCUCCUGGAACGAUCCUGGUACGCCGUCACCGAGACCUGCCUGGCCUUCACGGUCUUCCGGGACGACUUCAGCCCCCGCUUUGUCGCCCUCUUCACCCUGCUGCUCUUCCUCAAGUGUUUCCACUGGCUGGCUGAGGACCGCGUGGACUUUAUGGAACGCAGCCCCAACAUCUCCUGGCUCUUUCACUGCCGAAUUGUCUCCCUCAUGUUCCUUCUGGGUAUCCUGGACUUCCUCUUCGUCAGCCAUGCCUAUCACAGCAUCCUGACCCGUGGGGCCUCAGUGCAGCUGGUGUUUGGCUUUGAGUACGCCGUCUUGCUCACCAUGGUGCUCACCGUCUUCAUCAAGUACGUGCUGCACUCCGUGGACCUGCAGAGCGAGAAUCCCUGGGACAACAAGGCAGUGUACAUGCUCUACACCGAGCUGUUCACAGGCUUCAUCAAGGUUCUGCUGUACAUGGCCUUCAUGACCAUCAUGAUCAAGGUGCACACCUUCCCCCUCUUCGCCAUCCGACCUAUGUACCUGGCCAUGAGGCAGUUCAAGAAAGGGGUGACAGACGCCAUCAUGUCUCGCCGAGCUAUCCGUAACAUGAACACACUGUAUCCAGACGCCACCCCCGAGGAGCUCGAGGCCAUGGACAACGUCUGCAUCAUCUGCCGGGAGGAGAUGGUAACCGGCGCUAAGCGGCUGCCCUGUAACCACAUUUUCCACACCAGCUGCCUGCGCUCCUGGUUCCAGCGGCAACAGACCUGCCCUACCUGCCGCAUGGAUGUCCUUCGGGCAUCGCUGCCGGCCCAGUCACCACCUCCCCCCGAGCCUGCAGACCAGGGUCCACCGCCUGCGCCUCACCCUCCACCACUCCUGCCCCAGCCCCCUAACUUCCCCCAGGGUCUUCUGCCACCGUUCCCUCCAGGCAUGUUCCCACUGUGGCCCCCCAUGGGCCCCUUCCCACCUGUCCCACCACCUCCCAGCUCGGGAGAGGCGGGGGCGCCUCCCUCCACAAGUGCAGCAGCCCUCUCCCGGCCCAACGGAGCAGCCGCCGCAGCCGCCACCUCCACAGUUGCUGGGGCCUCUGCCCAGGCACCUGGCCCUGCCCCUGCCUCCGAGGCUGGGCCAGCCCCCGCUUUCCCCUUCCCUCCCCCCUGGAUGGGCAUGCCCCUGCCUCCACCCUUCGGUAGGUUGGGCUGCCCUCGCUGUACAGGAUGGGGAGGGCGCGCCAGGCCUGGCAGCCAGCUGAGUCCCUCACUGUCCUCAGCCUUCCCCCCAAUGCCAGUGCCCCCCGCGGGCUUUGCCGGGCUGACCCCCGAGGAGCUGCGGGCCCUGGAAGGUCAUGAGCGGCAGCACCUGGAGGCCCGGCUGCAGAGCCUGCGCAACAUCCACACGCUGCUCGACGCUGCCAUGCUGCAGAUCAACCAGUACCUCACCGUGCUUGCCGCCCUGGGGCCCCCCCGGCCUGCCACUUCAGUCAACCCCUCUGAGGAGGCUGCGGCCUCUCCAGUGGCUACUGCUGCUGCUGCCACCGCUACCACCUCCACAAGCGUCCCCAGCCCGGAGGCCACCAGCCCAUCCCUGGGAGCCUCUCCUUCAUCCCCAGAGCCUGAGAAGUCUUCAGCUCCCGAAUCGGUGGGCGCCGAGGAACUGCCCGAGGACGGGGAGCCCGAUGCAGCAGAGCUCCGCCGCCGCCGCCUACAAAAGCUGGAGUCCCCGGUUGCCCACUGACACUGCCCCAGCCCGGCCCUCCCCGCUCUCCUGAGCAGCCCUCGCUGGGACUUGUCCUGCCACCAAGUGCCAGCUCCCUCUGCACCAGGGAGCAGCAGCCCCCGCCAAGUGGAGUCCCCAGCUGAUUCGUGCAGGUGGUCCCAGGCAGCCAUGGGGACCGACGGGGAGGGGUCAUUCCCAGCUCUCUCUCCUGCAGCCCUGCCGCUUGAUGGGGCCCAGCCAGGAGGGCAAAGGCAGCCCCUCAGAGCCGCCGCUGCCAAGGCAUUAGGUGGCACGGCACUGCCGACAGUAUUUGCUCCUUCUGCUCCAGGUGGACUGGUACCAAUCCCCCCUCCUGUGUCCUCAUCUCCCCAGAGAACCCUUGCCGUGGUGGCUGUGCCCCCUAUGCCCGGUGGCAUUUCCGUGUCUUUCUGGCAACCACAACUCAGGGAAAGAAGUGCCUGGGGGUGGGGGGCAGGUGGGCAACAGAGGGACCCUGCCCCACCCCUCCCCAGGCCCCUCUUCCCAUGCCGCUUCUCUGAAGGAGACCCCUGAUGUCUGGCCCCGCCCCCGCAGCCCUGGUCUAGCCUCCCAGCAGGCCUCUCACCAGCCUGCAGGACUGCUCUGGAGUUGGGAGGAAUCAGAAUGUCUGCCUUCCUGGUGUCUUCGGGCUUAGGCUGUCUUUUGAAUUUGAAUGUUUGAUCCCAGGAAAAAGGAACAGGCAUGUCAGGGUCCAGACCAGGGAGGGACCUCCGGGAGCCCAAGCCUGCCUGCCACCCCACACCCCCAAUCUCUUCCCUCUCAGUUUUGUGUUACAGGAGUUGCUGGAGAGUUUCAAAUGAUUAUUUAAUUUGUAAAUACUGUACAAAUUUUAAUAGCUUAAAUUGUAUAUACAGCCAAAUAAAACCUAGCAUUAACAACUGGUA